AGCAGAUUCCCGAUUCUGAUGUCUGCUUGAAUUUUGUUUGCUCUCGCUGUCGUGCAAUAUUAUGUUUCUGUUCCUUAGAAGCAGCACUAUUGAUAUUAAAGGUGAGCCUGUAUGAGCGGAAAUUUGUUUAGGAUUCUAUGCCUUCUAGUCUGCGGUGUUGGCUUGCUCUUUCUGCAAUCAUUUCUUCUGCAGUACAUCUCUAAGAAGGGAAAGGUUCCCCACGAAGAAAAAAGAUGGGAUAUCAAGGACGUCUUAGACACUGCAAGGAAAACAAACUUUCCACUUUUCGUCUUGGAUCCAAACAUUCUACAAUGUUUCCUGGAGAGGUCGACUGCGGAUGAUAGACCAACUUGCUUGGAACUUCUGCCAAAGCAGCCGAUUGUUCAGUUCGGUUCUUUAGGACAGUUUGCGUCGCGGCUGGAGGAGGACUUUCUCGCCGCAUUUCCAGCGAAGGGGGCAAAACCGGUGAAACUGUCCGUCCCAAACCCAAAGAUUCUGGCUCACGGCUUGCAAGUGCUCAUCCCAACGCAUUACUUCCUGUCACUGAAAACGCAAACGAUACACAUAGUCGUCUUUCACGAACGUCCUGGAAACUUCUGGUGGCACGCUGCAGCAAACAUGUCCGCCGACCUCCCAUUUGACGCAAAGACGGACAUAUCCUACGUGAAAACUGACGGUGCUUACGACAGGGUCGAAAUACUUCCCAUAUCGCUUAACGACAUAGAAACCUUUGCGCCCGCACCUCCGGAGACAUUUCUGAAGGAUCAGCCAUUCAUUGAGUGCAACACAACGCGUGCACGGCUGUUUCACACGCUGCACGGCCGCGAUGAAAGCCCCGAGGCGGAAUUGUUCCGCCUCAAAGUUCGCCGUCUGCUUGUCAAAGUGAAGCAGCUCUUGGACCAGCUCGAUGUGCCGUUUUGGAUCAGCAGUGGAACGUGCCUAGGUUUCUACCGUCAGUGUGACGUUAUUCCUUACACGACUGACGUGGACAUCGGAAUUUUUAUUAAGGACUACAAGCCCGAAAUUAUUUCCGUGUUCUCGAUGUAUGACCUGCCUCUUACGCAUCUGUUUGGCAAGGUUGAAGAUAGCUACGAACUUUCAUUUCGAGAUAAGGACAUUAAACUGGAUGUCUUUUUCUUCUACGAGGAAGAUAGCUACGUGUGGAAUGGUGGAACACAAGCCAGGACAGGCAAAAAAUUUAAGUACAUAUUCCCAAUAUUCCAACUCUGCUGGACAGAGUUUCUAGACCUCAAACUUAGAAUUCCAUGUGAGACAAAUAAAUACAUCGAAGCUAACUACGGCCAGAGCUGGUUUCAGCCACUGAAACAGUGGGACUGGAAAGCGAGUCCACCAAAUGUUGCGGAGAAUGGUGUCUGGCCAGUGGAAGAGUGGUCUCAGGUCAUCCAGCUGUUUCCGCUGCAAGAUUUCUAAGAAUAUAUCUUGUGCUGCAUACUGGAGACAUCCCUUCAUGCCAGUGCUGAACUGUCAUCCCCCAUGAAUCAGUGCUGAGUUGUGCUGUUGAUUUCAUCCUCCAUUUGUAGUAGCCUUUGUGGCAAACCAGGGAAAGCAGGAUCUACGGCGUUUUCAAAUAAAGUUUUGGGUACUCAUCA